GCGCGGCAGCUGUCUGUAUGUGUGUGUGUGUGCUUCUGCGUAAUUUCUGUUUUCGGUACCCUUGCAUACAAAGGAAAAGUUGGUUCGUUUCGUUCGUGCAUGUUCGUGCAUGCCAGUCCGAGUGUGAAAAUUUUGGGUGAAAAUUCGGUCAGUGCAAAAACAUCACCGAUACCGGCAAGCCGGCAGCCCGAGAGCGCAGUUCUCACAGCCCGUGGAAAAUUCCACUGAUGUUACUCAACAACAACGUCGUCCUGUGCCGGAUCGCUACAGCUGCACUGCGGGUUAAUUGCGCGUACGGGAAGCCUACAUACUGCCAAAGCACUUUUACCAGUCGGCAAACACAGAACCAGUGCCAGAACAAUCUUCAGUAUUUAGCAAAAGGUAAAGGGGUUGUUUAACGGGGUAGCAACAACCAUUCCGGAAGUGGCAAAAACGUGUCCAUGCGGUACCACGGACGACGAUGGUGGUGACCGAUUUGAGCGCUUUGAGCUUGCUUUGUAAAUGAACUGAUUGCAAACCGCGACGUGGAGCGAAUCUGGUGCCAAAGUAGGCUCUAUCCACAAUCGAUUCUAAAAACGGUUCUACCUCACAGCGAAAAGCCUUUGCUGCGGUUCACGUAGGACCUUUUCCUUGCAAACUGCCGGUUGAUGUAGUAGAACUUAACAAAAAGGGCAAUCAUUAAGAACCAUCGGCAUAUAGCGGCUGUGCGUGUUUCUACCUAACUUGGGCUUUAAGAAAACAUACCUACGAAACAAACGCCAAAUUCGUUAACAUCCAGCUUCCUGUGACUAACAACUAUCCGGCGCAUUCCGUGUUAUAACACCGAGUCUCAUCAUGCUUACACUAACUGUGUUAAUUGCAAGGGCAUUUUCAAGCCUUAACGGAAAAAUGGUGAAACAAGGACCACGUCCGCUCGUCAUCUGUGGGCCAUCGGGCUCGGGCAAAAGUACGCUGCUGAAGAAGCUGUUCAAGGAAUUUCCGGACACGUUCGGAUUCAGCGUUUCGCACACCACUCGCAAACCACGGCCAGGAGAGGAGAAUGGCGUCCACUAUCAUUUUGUCUCGGUGGAAGAGAUGCAGUCCGCGAUCGAGAAGGGCGAGUUUAUUGAGACGGCAGUAUUCAGCGGCAAUAUGUACGGCACCAGCAAAAAGGCAGUAGAAAACGUGCAGCACCAGGGUAAGGUGUGUGUGUUGGACAUUGAAAUUGAGGGCGUGAAACAGAUUCGCAACUCGGACCGAUUGAACCCACUGCUGGUGUUUGUGAAUCCGCCCUCGAUCGAGGAACUUGAGCGCCGGCUGCGUGGCCGUCAAACGGAAACGGAGGAAAGCUUACAGAAGCGUUUGAACACGGCACGCAAAGAGAUUGAGUAUGGCACGGAAGUGGGCAACUUUGACGUGGUCGUGCAGAACAACAACCUCAAGCAGGCGUACGAGGAUCUGCGCAACUUUAUCGUCAGGGAACUCGAAACCCAGCAAGGCCAAGGUAUCAAUGUUAGCCUGAACCGUGUGUUUGACGAGUGAAUUGGAAUGGCCGUCUUGUCUAACUUGUCUCUCCCAUCCGUGUGUUCCCCCCACCCCGAUCUGACAAAAACCGACCAAUCACACUUACGUACCUUUCAACCCGAUUGACUUUGUUGACGAUUGAAUCUGUCCGUUGAAAUGCUUAACCUAAAAAUUCCUCUCUAACACAAUGUAAACUUUCCUAGAAGAAAGUGUACAACUUUAACCACAUUUAGUGUUUAGUACAUUGCGCCAUAGCGAAACGAAAACAUGACUCCCGCAAGCGGUAUUAUACCGGUGCUAUGAAGCAAUUAUUAUUUACAACACCCCUCCAGCUAUAUCGCGAUUCAGGAAGAUAUACUUUAGAAGAGGUAAAAACCUAGUCGGUUCAAGCUGAAAAUUGGCACUUUACACCACCAACACACCGAUACCACCUAUUAUUAUGUUAGCACGCACUCGGCGAGCAAUUUGUACGAGUUUUGGACAAUUUUAACUUUUGUUAAGAUUUUCAGUAACUUUUUUUUUGUUCAAUUUAACCCCGGUUCGGUUAGAACGAUUAUGCGAAGAGAGUAAAUUUUGAUACAAUCAACACAGUAAGGGUUGAACCACCCUGUGCUGGCACCAACUAGCCACACAAGUGAGAUGAGUUAAAAACUAGGAAGUUCAUUUAUCGAUAGAGUAAAUCGAUUUAUGAUACUUCUCCCCUUCCCGAUACACCAAGGUUGAAUGCUAAAUUAAAAGCAAAACGAUAAAACAAUUCUGAGAUAAGCGUAAAAUACGAUACACACAUUCCAGUGUCAAAGAAAGCGUGUUUGUGUAGGUUUAAAUACUACCUGUUGAAAAAAGGAAACAAAGUUGUGAAACUUUCUGCGUCAAACAAAGAAAAGCAUUUAAAGCAAUCAAACAAUGAACCAUAUCCAACCUACUGUUUUUUUCCCCGAUACUCUUCCAAUCAAAGAAAAAUCCUAAAAAAAUCCGUAAACCGGUCAAUUUGAUUUAGCUAAACGUGACAUUCCAUGGUGUGUGUGUAAGAUGAGGUUAAUUCAUGAAAUUAAGGGCGCAAAGAAUAAUUUACACAACGCCCGCGCGCUCUUUUCUACUGUUUGAAAUUGUGAAUGAUAUUUGUGGGUGCUAACACACGCAAUCUUGGCCGUGUUUCUUAUGUUUUUUUUCUUCUUUUGCAUGUUGAACUAGUGUUUGCAUUUGCGUGUUCCGAUACGAUGCCGAUGAGCUACUAAUUAAUCUGUCCCCCUAGUUUUCGGACAGCUGACAAUGGCUUUGUUCGUGUUGCUGUGAAACUAACUACAAAACUAGCUUUACUCAGAAAAAAAGAACACAUUAAUGAAUCAAAAAAAUCUUUCUUCUAUCCCCCCCUCACCCCCCCCCCCCAAACCUUCGUUUAGAUGUAUUUCUUGUCACGUCAUUGGUUAGCAAUUACAAGACUCAUGAGGUUUAAGUGCGGUCGUUUCGGCUACCGGCUCCUUGUGGCUUCGCUUUCCAUACAGAGGAGUAGAACCUAAUUCCUGCAAUACAUUUUUCUUUACCUUUUCAACUUUUCAUCACUACACAUUCACAACCCCAAAAAAAACGAAAGUAAAUUCCGCCGUAUCGUUGUCGAUCGCGGCCAGGAAGAGCACUUUGAAGCACUAGCCACGUAAAGAAGGGAACCCCAUAGCAUAGCAUGCCUAAACUACCUUCCCAACCCCCCCCCCCCCAAACCAACAGGCCGCAUUGUCGCAGAAAUUCCAGCUUGUCGUUGAGCAGGUGUGCUUUUCCUGCGCGCGUUUAGUAGGUAAACGUAAUGUUAGUUUAAGGAAGUUUAACGCGCGUUUCUACACCUUCAUCCACUUAUCUCUGCUCGCUACCUGCCACACACACACAAGUCGUUUGUAUCGACGCAAUGCGCAAUGCUUUUUAUGUAUAGUUUUCGUGUGUGUUUUUUUACAAAGCAACAAAGAACAUCGCCGCCGACCUAUUUUUCUAUAAGCAAAGCUGGCACCCCAACCAGUAGCGGAGAAACUAUUUUCGUAUUUCCGUGUCAAAGCGGUGGCAAAAGCGUAGUGGUUUAGUGGAAAAUUGGCCUGUGAAACAGUUUAUAUGUUCAUUCAACGUAAUUGCCAAAAAAGAAAAACUACAAAAGAUGGCUGAAACACCCUAAAUGUUAGAAGAAUUACACAGAUGUUUAUAAAACGGUAUAGAACGCCUGUGCUAGGAAGUAGUAGUAGCAGCUAUACAUACAAUACGUGUUAGGUACCGCACCACUGUGUGUGUGUACCGGUAAUUGGCAGAUUUAUAAUGUUUACUCUACUCUGUUGUUUAAGGGAAAAGAAUAAUUGAAAUAUAUAUAAACCACACUAAUUCACAAAUAAAGAAAAGAAAAAGUGUAGUACAAUUA